AUGAUGAUGUUCUCGUUUCGUGCCGGUUCCACUCAGGCAGCGGGUUCCAGUGAGCCCAGGCCCAAACGCGCCAAGAUCGGCAUUGCAUGUAAUGUUUGCAAAUCUAGGAAAACAAAGUGUGACGGGGCGAGACCAGUUUGUGGGCCUUGUUCAAAGAGGAAACGCCAAAGUAUCUCUCAGCCAUGUCUGUAUCGUGAAGCUGACGUGUCAUUGACCCCAGCGGCCACCGUGAACAACACCCCGGAACAAUCAAACAAAGCGGGCGAACACUCAUACAACCCGUUUCAGGGCAACUAUGACGAUGAGACUAGCCCCCAUCGCCCCGCCAUAUCUAGCAACAGUCUAUUUGGCGCAUCCGGUGGCUUGUAUAUCUUGAAUGGGAUCGAGGGCGAGAAAGACCGGCCAAGCACGCUUGAGAACAGAAGAGAAAGCACAACCCAGGCUCUUCCCAGGACUCUCAGACAACUUCCCAGAUUAGCCAAACUAGGUGCUGGGCAAGAAGCAUCUGAUAUGCAGUUUGCAAUUCCUCCAAGGAAAGUGGCUGAUAAUCUCCUAACUCUUUACUGGGACUAUGUGGAUAGCGCUUAUCCCUGGCUUAAUCGCUCCUCGAUCGAACGUGCAUAUGAAAGUCUAUGGACCAAAGAAGGAGAGCAACCAAUGAACGAGAGAGCACUGCAUUGUAUCCUCAACCUUAUGUUCGCAACUGCUUCCGGUGCUUUCCAAGGCCAAACCCCUCUGUCUCAACAUCACUCGACUGUUUUUUUCGACAGAGCCCAAGAGCUAAUGUCUUAUGAACUCAUGAACCUUUAUAACUUUGAAAUCAUUCAAAUACUCCUUCUCACGGCGGUUUAUCUCCAACAUCAGAAAUCACCACUAAAGAGUUUCCGAAAUAUAGGAAUGGCAAUUCAUAUUGCGCAGGAGUUGGGGCUACACAUCCCUGAAACAACCGAGGCCAUGGACGAUUUACACGAGCGAGACCUUGCACGCCGUGUUUGGAAUGGAUGUGUUCUUAUGGAUAGGAUCUGUGCUAUGACCUUCGGCUGUGCGCUUAAAGUCCCGCAGUCCAUUGCAAAGGAAGGAUUAAGCCCAUUGGUUCUCAGCACAACGGAGUCUAUGAACAUCACAGACGAUACUCUUCCCUCGAAAGUGAACUUUUACACCUCAUUUUGCCAGCUUCAUUACAUUAUCGGUGAAGUAUUGGAGACAUUUUAUAUCUCUGAUGGUGGCUUAAAAAAGAAUUCAACAAAUUCGAACUCUGCGCAAAGUCUUCUAUUUGAUAGAAUCGCAAGAUUGCUCAGUAUUGAGUCGGAGCUCAAUAACUGGGCUUCCAAUCUUCAUCAAUUCUUCAGAAUGCCAUCGGAGACUUUGGACACAACGCCAUCGAAGCUUGUGACCCGCGAAGCUAAUAUUUUACGUGCCCGGAACCUGCCCCGACAGACGCAAACAUACAUUCUGCCAUCAAAUUGGUAUACAGUCUCAUAUGUAUACAUGGCAGUUACAAUUCUGCUUGCAGCCAAGGGAUCUUCACAAAUCGCAGCGCAUUUCUCUGCAUCUCGAUUACAAGGACUUUUGCAAAAGGCCCGUGAUAUAUUAGAAGAAUACGAAAAGCACUCUAAGCUGGCCUCAAGGUGCAGCUCUGUCCUGAGACUAAUUGAACAAAGUUUUGAUCGGCGUGGAUCGGUAAUGGAAACCACCUCUGUGGAAGGUGACCAUGCAAAUACAUACGUGCAGGAUGAAACUAGUACGAGAGAACAACAGUCGCAGCCAUAUUCGGACAAUAUGGACAUUAUCGAAAACUAUACUUUUGAUUGGAAUGAUUGGCCGGUGUUCUUUGCGGAACUGGAUGGGGAAAACAGUCCGAUUGAAGGGUGGGAACUGCCGACAUAA